CACAGCAGGUUUCAUCAUGUCGAACGUCGAGGACCUUCUUCGAGACUUUGAGGACGACGACGAGGAUCUCCAGGUCGGAGAUGGCCUGGAUGACGGAAAUGGCGAUGACGAUGACAACAUGGUGGUGGACGAGGAGCAGCUCGCUCAGCCAGCGGCGCCCGAGAUCACCAACGAGUUCGACGUCGCGCUGUCGACCCAAGACGAACUGACCCGCCUACACAAGGUCCUGCGCGAUCACUACUCGAUCCGAUUCCCCGAGCUCGAGACGCUCGUCACGACGCCGCUUGACUACGCCAAGACGGUGGCGAUUCUCCAGAACGGCCCGCUCAACGACAUCAAAGCGCUGUCGACUUCCGCCGAUAACAUGGUCGGCGUGCCGCUGCGGUCCGUCCUGGACGGCCCGUCCUUGAUGGUCGUGGCGGUGGAGGGCACGACGACGCGAGGCCGGGAGAUGACCGAGUCGGAGCUGAAGGCGGUGCUGGAUACGUGCGAGCGGAUCUUGAAGCUCGACCGGGAGCGCACCGCGCUGACGGAGAGCAUCCAGUCGCGCAUGAGCCAGAUCGCGCCCAACCUGGCGGCGCUGAUCGGCCCGGAGACGGCGGCGCAGUUCCUCAACCAGACGGGUGGUCUACGCGAGCUGGCCAAGAUCCCCGCCUGCAACCUCGGGGCGCAGGGCUCGAAGAGAAAGGAAGGAUUGGGAUUUGCUACGAAUCACGGCAUCCGGGCCCAGGGCUUCCUCUACAAUUCACCCAUCAUCUCAGAGAUCCCGAACGACCUCAAGCGGCAGGCGAUCCGCAUCGUGUCGGCCAAGAUGGUGCUCGCCACGCGCGCCGACGUCUCGAACUACAGCCCCGACGGCUCCCUCGGCGAGGAGCUCAAGCAGCAGUGCUUCCAGCGGUUGGAGAAGCUGACGGAGCCCGCGCCCAACUCGGGAGCCAAGGCGCUUCCCGCGCCAGACGACAAGCCCUCCCGCAAGCGCGGCGGUCGACGGGCCCGCAAGGCGAAGGAGGCCGUCGCGAUGACGGAGCUCCGCAAAGCGCAGAACCGGGUUGCCUUCGGCAAGGAAGAAGCAGAGGUGGGGUAUGGCACGGGAGAAGGAACGGUCGGACUGGGAAUGCUUGGCCAGCAGAACGACGGCCGCAUCCGCGCCACGCAGAUCGAUCAGAGGACCCGGGCCAAGCUCAGCAAAAACAACAAGGGAUGGGGCACGGCGACUCCCGUCAGCGGUACCUCGACCUCUCUACGUGCCUUUGGUGGAGGACCCGGCACCAGCGGCACUGCCAGUGUCCUCCAGGCCAGGGGUCUCCGGGCUUCUGGUAUCGGUACCUCCUUGGGUGGAUCCGCCGGCACGGCCAGUACCAUCGCUUUCACGCCGGUGCAAGGAUUGGAGCUGGUUGAUCCCAAGGUGCAGGCCGAGUUGAACCGCAAGCGCAAGGCGGAGGAAGACCGGUGGUUCAAGUCCGGAACCUUCACUCAGGUUGGCGGGCAGCAGACUCCUGGCAACCCCUCUUCAUCACAAGGCCAGAACGGAGGGUUCAAGGUCCCGGCCAUGCCUCCGAAGAAGAAGAUCGACACCGGCGACGGCAAGAUGGCGCCGCCUCCACCGCCGCUGAAGCGGUAGAACCUUUUCCGCGACAUUGCUUUGGCUUUUUCCUUUAUUUGCUUAUUUGUGAUCACGAGCAUUUUACCGGCGUUUCAAAAGACUAGGCAGCCCUGCAUGAUACCAAUCGAAGAAAUUCUGUAUGAUAAAGUCCCAUAAAGAAAAAGAAACAAGACUUGGC